AAACCCGUGACCUGUUUCAACACCACACCAACGAAACACUACAUAUACGCCCGCAACGGCAGCAGUCAGUCAGUAGAGACCAGAACAUCGUCUCGUGAACACUGGUCUGUUGCAACACUAACGAACCACAACAUUUUACGUUAUACAUAUUGUGCAUUUUACAUUCUACGCCCCAAGUUGUUUCAUGGGUGAACCGGUCGAAUCUUUUCAAAUAAUUUAAAGUGCGAGAAAAAACACCCGCUCCCUCUUCCUUAAAAAUCUGUAUUUGAUUCAGAUAAAAACGAAAAUGACGAAUUUGAAAUAUUUGAUGCUGCACUUGGCCGCUGUGAUUGUGUGCGGCCAGGAAGUUAUACCUGACACGUCGAACAUCUGUUUCCUUCCUCCAGUUACGGGAGUCUGCCGGGCUCACUUUACCAGAUUCUUCUACAACCCGGAGACACAUGCUUGCGACUGCUUCGUGUACGGCGGAUGUAAGGGCAACGAGAACAGAUUCGACACUCUGGAUGAGUGCAUGAGAACUUGCAACGUCUUACCUAGUCUGCAGGAAAAUACUGUCUUGUGUGAUUGUAAAGUCUUUGAACGCUUCAACCCGCUGGCGAACAAAGAGGUGUUGGACGCUAUCAAGGACUCUGUAAGGCCGACGCAGAUACCACAGGAUCCCACAGACCCUUCACACAUACAGCCAGCGCAACAAAUCCUUCAACCAGCGCCACAAACCUUACAGUCGCUUCUACAACUAAAGAAAGCGCUACCAACUCAACAACGUGUGCCACUGACUCGGCACACGUUACCUUUACCGUAAGGCGAGCGGGUUCCAGCGGGCAUGUGGGGAGACAGCUGGUUCAGGAGGAUACGGAGCCUGGUAUUGGAUGACUCAGGUUCUAGGGUUGGUUCUCUCUACGUCGGUCAGCCGGCCUUCUUCACCCUGGAUCAUGACGAUGCUUUUCUCGUUCUACGAGAAACGUUUAAUAUAUGAUCUAUGAUACAGUAUUAUCAGAUCAAGUGGGGAAUUUUUAUAUUAUAUAUGUAUAUAUAUAUUUUAAGUUUUUGUAUAUUUUAUUUUCAUAUAAAUUUUAUCUGUUGUGUCUUAACAGCAUUGAUGUAUUUAAAUAUUUAUAUAUUAUUGUGUAGCCUAUCCCGUAAACAUUCCCUCAAUAAUUAAACACAUUUCCACCCUUUUUUGGGGGUUAGAACUGUAACUGUACAUGAAUUAUGUAUAUAAUUCUAUGUACUGUUCAUAAAUUAAAUUUUAAUGUACAUGAAAAUAAAAUUAAUUUAUAAAUUGGAAAAAAUGUUUUUUAUUUGUUUGAAUUAACGUUGUCGAUAGUCCGUAGUUGUUCUAUUGUCUAACGGUGAAGAAUGGAUUGAAAAAUGAGGUUACCAUUACAAUUAUAUUAUUAGGAGAACGCGAGUCUCAGUGUACGACAAACUCAUUGUGAGUUGACCAGACCACACACUAGAACGUGAAGGGACGACGACGUUUCGGUCCGGCCCUGCUACCAUUCUCAAGUCGAUAGUAUAUUGUGAGGCUAGCGUUCUCCUUAAUAGGUGACUGAUUUGAUGAAAACUAUCGGUGUUCUCUUCCCAUUGAGUGCUUUCGGGUAUCGAAAGCACUCGCAAAGAGAAAGCACUAACCAUUGCUAUCUUAGCGAAGUAUCCAAAAUUUGCUUACUGUAGGAAUGCAUGCACACGACUGUAAAGCUGCCGCCCAGUUGGGUGGGAGCAAGACACCUGCAAACCCUGUGGGUGUGUGACUCACCAUAGAUGUAUAGUGACUUGUGAGCCUCUUGUUGAAUCAUUUGUGAUACAAAAGAUUAUUGAUGUGUGUAUUUGUGUAGGUGAAUGAUGUGUGUAUUUGUGUAGGUGAUUAUAAUUGUAUCAAAAUGACCAGCAGUUUGAUACAUAAGACAUACGUACAUAGAUGUACGUAUGUACAUGUACAUACUCAUAUAUGUAUGAGUAUGUACAUGUAUAUAUAACAUUGAUAAUUGUGUAACUAGCGUUAAAAAUUGCUAUUUGCUUAGCUAAACGAACUAGAGGGUUCAGUUCCUGAACCGAUUAGGUGUAAUCCUUCACACCAUCGCCCACGGAAUGCGUAUAGGGUGCAUAAUAAAGAAAGAAAUUGAUUAUCAACAGCAUAAAGGAAAGUCUGCAAUGGUCAAGUGGGAAAAUAAUAUUUUCCCACUUGACUUGAAAUUAACGAAAUGAAAUUUCAUUGACUUGAAAUUAAUAAUAUUUAGUGUUAACUAGCAGGGAAACACAAAUUAAUGACAUCGAAAUAGGGAGUGAGCUAGGAACUGUGAUCACAAAGAAAUGAGAUAUAGCAUAGAAUGGAAUAGACCUGUAGGAGAAAAUUCUGUUAAAGUGCCUCAAGGCUCUGUCCUGGGACCUCUGUUGUUUAUAAUAUAUAUAAAUGAUUUAGAUUCAAAUUUGAGUAGCAACAUAUGCAAAUUUGCAGAUUUAAUAUUAUCGUUUACUAUUCAGUCCCGUCUAGCCUAUCCCGUGAACACUCCCUGAAUUGUUGUAAUUAAACACAUUUUCACCCUUUUUUGGGUUGGAACUGUAACUGUACAUGAACUAUGUACUGUGUAUAUAAUUCUAUCUACUGUUCAUAAAAUUAAU